AUGGGAAGAGUACGAAGAUCAAGAACUCAUAAAGGUAUAAGAGAUCAAUAUAAAAAACAACGAACAAGAAAUUAUACCAAAGAUUUGGAUCAAAUUCACAAAGAUUUGAAAGAAUUAGAUGAACAGAUGGUGCCAAACCAAGAAUUAGAUCCAGAUUUACCAGGAUUUGGAAAAUAUCCUUGUGUAGCUUGCGCACGUUAUUUCAUAAGUCAAAAAGCCCUUGAUGAACAUAAUCGUGGUAAAUUACAUAAAAAACGGAUCAAAUUACUUAAGGAAGUUCCUUAUACACAAGCUGAAGCCGAAGCAGCUGUUGGUUAUUCUACAGAACACUCAAGGAUCAAAGUAAUGGAGGAUGUUAAUUGUUGA